GGUAUGUCCCAUCCAAACCUGCUUACCUUGUCUACUUUCUCAGCAAAGCAGAAAGAAAGAACACCUUCUUGUACCGGCCUUAACGCACAAACCUCAGGUUUAUUUGUUAAACAUGUCGAUCACUGUGUUUUUUUCCAGCGUGAGCAGUAACACAGCGAUGAAGAAAAACCAAAACAGAAUCUUCAGUAUCCUAGACUCCAAGAAGAUCCCGUAUAAGGCGGUGGACAUUUCCCAGAAUCCUGCAGAUAAGGACCUCAUGAGGCAGAGAGCGAUGGACCCGACCGCUCUGCCCCCUCAAAUCUGUAAUGGGGACAACUACUGUGGGGAUUUCACUGCAUUCGACAAUGCAAUCGAGAUGGAACAAUUGGAGGCGUUUCUCAAAAUCUGAUCAGCCACAGCCUGUCCAUUUGUUUCUGCAUUGUCAAUAUAACACAAAUAAAUCUAUAUGUAAAAAUAUAUAUUGUUUUGUUGUUGUUGGGAUGCUGUCAAAUUUCCUACAAUAAAUAUGGCUUGUUUUUAUUUUGUUCUCAAGAAAACAGCUGGAAUUUUGAAAAUGUAUGUUUGAAAGAAA